GAUAGUCAAUUAACAGGCGUUCGUGGCCACGGAUCAGCGUCCAGCUAUAGAUCCGCUCCAUUGUCCCCCGUGGUUGUUGUCCAUCGCUGCUGAUCGUAUUAAAACCGAAAAGAAUCGCCUCAUCCAAGUGACCUGCCGGAAUCCACCGUAGAGUCGUUUCUACGGUGACGCUUUGGCCAAAAAAGCGAGCGACGCACAGCCAUCUCAGCAGCCACAGAGAGGACCAGAAAAUACAAUGGCGACGAUUAGAAAUGUUAAACUGCCUGACCUCAUCAACCGUUGGAUCGAGGUGCAGAACCCGGAAUCCAGCGGGACGGACGGCGCAACGAAGGAGCCCCUGGAAGUUGACGCAAUCAACUUGACGCUGUUGUUGAAGUCGAUGGGCAUGCGAUUGCAGUAUCUGGAUUUUGACGAUGAGAAGACCAACACCGAUGCCCUGACCAUCAGCAUCAAGUGCAACCGGUCCGGUAUUCGAUCGGAGUUAAGCUACGAUCUUCAGCAGCAAGGAUGCAGCUGCCCGGAGAAAACUGAUCGGGAUAGCUCGUUCUGGGAGGUGCAGGCAACGGGACCGAAGGUGUUUUCAAAGUUCAAGAACAACACUUCCUCCAACCUGCUGCCCGAUGUGUCGGAACGGUGUGCACUCGUCUCGAAGGCUAUGCUGGCCAAUCUACUGGACUAUUACCAGCGCAGCAUACAACAGGUGAAGGAGGGUAAGGAGCGGGCCCUGCUCAAAUCCCCACUGAAACCAAAGGACACGGUGGUAUGCGUAACGAGCCCGGGACUUACGAUGAGGACGCCCUUCUCCACACCGCCCGCUGAAGGACGUUGCACGGCUCGGAUGAGUCUCGGCGCAACGCGAGAGCCGUUGUUGAAACACGAUUUUCAGGACAUCGAAGCAGACCGCCCGGAUCAGGAAACCAAGGAGACAGCCGAAAGCGUGGCAUCAUCAACGGAAAACGGGACUGGAGUCCACAACCUAACGCAUGACAUUCUGGAUGCGGACAUCGAUAACAUUCACAAACCGGUGAUCGUUCCUGUGAUCGCGACGAAUGCCAGUAUGCCAGAUGGGGAGAGUGUCUUCAACUGCAACGAAGCCAUGAAGCAUGUAAUCACAUCGAGCCCGGUGAUCAGGAAGGUACCUCCGCCGGCCCCUAGCCUGCACGAUACGGUCGAUAUGCAGCAGGAGCGAGAUGUGAAUGUGAUCAACCACUUGCAGCAAGCACGGUCCCAGAUAGAUAUGGCCCUGCUGAUGAUGAAUCAGGGUACCACGCAGGACAUGUUCGGUGGUUCGGCCCUUACUCUUACACCACAGCAAAAUACAGCGAUCGCUCGUAAGUCACUGGGGACACCCAGAUUUCCACCGGUUCGCUCGGGCUCCCUACUCACCAUUGAAAGGCAUCGGCCAGUUGCGGAAGCGGGUGAAAUUAAGAAAAAGACUUUCCCAACGACUCCCUCCGCAUUAACGGGUCGGUUGUCGAUCGGCGGCCGUGGUACAACGAUUGCAAGCCGGGCAGACACACCGAGACCCUCGAUAGCGCAGGUGAAAGCUAUCGCAGGACUAAGGCGCACUGUUACGAUGCCCCCACCGGCCGCAGUACGCCAGAAACCGGUCACGGGUGCCUCCACGGGGACGACAGUGGCCGGCCAGCGCAGACCGCUACCUUCUUCUUCCGCGACCAGUGCCACUGCUAAAACGGUGGUCCCUAGGCAGCCGAUUUCCUUCCGGCCCGUAAGCUCCAGUGCAAACCGGCAGGCCGGAUUAAUUCAUCGUUCUUCGAGUGCUUCACUCUUGACCAAAAAAUAGACAAGAGCACCAAAACGUGCCAUAGAUGUAUACUCCCACGAAUAUCGUUGAGCGAGCUCUUGCUUAUUCAAUAAAACUGUUUUUAAUGGCCCCUU